AUGUCGAUUCGACCCCUCUGUCGCGUCGCGCACCGCACGGCGCAUGCGGCGCUAGGUGGCGCCGCUGCGCCGCGUGCGCCCAAGGAGCGCAUGCAGAUGGGCGCUCCGGGCCCGGUGGCGCCGGCCGAGUCGGUGGCCGCGAAGCGCUCCAAGGUCUCGGACAAGAUCCAGCAGCGCGCGCAGAAAAAGGCCGCACUCACGCUCACGCCCGAGGCCGUGUCGCAUAUUCGCGCGCUACUGCAUGCGAGCGACGGCCCCAAGCUCUUGCGCGUCGGCGUGCGCAACAAGGGGUGUGCGGGUAUGAGCUACCACCUCGAGUACGUGACGCCCGGCGAGGAAGGACGCUUCGAUGAGCGUGUGCAGCAGGACGGCGUGGAAGUGCUGAUAGACUCGCGCGCGCUCUUCAGCAUCAUUGGCUCCGUGAUGGACUGGCAGGAAGACCGCAUGUCCGCCAAGUUCGUGUUUAACAACCCGAACAUCAAGGACGCAUGCGGCUGUGGCGAGUCGUUCAUGGUGUAG